UGUUUCAAUUGUUUUCGCAUAAUAAACAACCACCAGGAGUUGGUGUUAUAAAGAAAAAUUUUCACUAAUAUCUGUGGGCGGUGUCGGAAGCAGGGAGAGGUCGUUGUGUUUGGCGCGCUGUUCAAGUGCACCACGUGGUUGCUCCUUGUGUCAAGAGUCGCUCCCUGCUCUAGUGAUGAUCAUCACAUUUCUUAUCGAGUGCUACUGGUGGAUGAUGUAGAGUGAGAAUUAAAGUAUAGGAAUAUUGAUAAUUUGAAAAGUAUUAGUGAAAGUUUUCUUGGUGUCAGUGACAGCGGGUCGUUUGACAGUUGAGGCUGGUGUCAUCCCGCACCACCACGAGGAACUACACCACGUGUUCUCAUAGUUUAACAAACCGAAAUAUCGUAAAUGUUGUGAAACGGUCUGCUGUUGCAAUAUAAAACUGUAUAUUUUGUGGUUAACGGCAACGAGGGUUGAACAGUAAGCAGGUCCUUGUCACACCGCACUAUGCAUUACUUCUCUGACAACUCCUCGCAGGACGAGGACUUGUUCAUAUCAAAAACAGGUCGUGAGCGAUCUUCAUCCUCCAGCACUGAUGAACCAUCCUCGGGAGGUGAUGACUCCUCUUACCUUCGGGCUGCGGCUGCAGCAGCCAGGAAACGACGGGGAAACCUUCCCAAAGAAUCUGUCAAAAUAUUGAAGAAAUGGCUGUAUGACCAUCGUUACAAUGCCUAUCCAUCAGACGAAGAAAAGCUGCAACUAUCAAGGGCUGCCAAUCUCUCUGUUCUACAGGUGUGCAACUGGUUCAUUAAUGCACGGCGGAGAAUCCUGCCUGAGAUCAUCCGCAGGGAGGGGAAUGAUCCAGAGAAGUAUACCAUAACUCGUCGUGCCAAGAAACUUAAGGGAGUCUCUCCUAGGGAUCGUAUAGACUCAGAAGAAUACUCUCGUCCAGCCCAAAAUGAUUAUGCACGUGCCCGUCCACGCUGGGAGUCCACCGAUCUUCCUGACCAUGAUUACGAUUUCUCUAUGGAAUCUCGAGUUGCUUCAUGGGUUGCUGAACAGCAAAGGGUAUCUGCCAAGCCCCAUUAUGAGGCAGUAUGCCCUUGUGGAUGUGGUUCUGAGGCUGAUCACAGCUCUACUUUUACAACCAACUCCACAACACCUGCAGCUCCAACAUCUGCACCUACAACUGCUCCAAACUUUGUGGCAGAGGUAACAGCAACAACAAAUUCACCAAUAUAUACAGACACCCAUUCACCAGCUUACACUCCAAAUGACUCCCCGUUGUAUCCUCCGUCCACCCCAGAACACUACGUUCCACAAACAGAAUAUGCCCACCAUGCCUAUAACACACCAGCUCAGGUCACCCCGCCUCCCACACCCCCUGAAGACGAUGCUGACAAGUUCAAAUGUCUUUACAUGCUGGUUGAUGCUGCCCUCAGUCAGUGGGAGAAACAGAAUGCAUCACCACCACCCCAGGAUGCCCUUGACACUACUCGUACCUACCUCAGCCUGUAACAUUGUACAGUAGUUAUCAUUAUGAUGUUUUUCCCUGAAAAGUUGUUACCAUCAUACUAGAAAAAUAAUAUGAGUGGUUGGAAUAGUGCAGUAUAGAGUAAAUGAUAUUUGACAUGUACAAGGAUCAAAUUCUUUUUUUUUUUUUUACUUUGAAAUAUACAACUCUUGCAAAAUUGUAGUUGUCUGUGACAUUGGUCCAUCACAUAUAGUAUUACCUCCUAUAACGUUUAAUAUAAACAAUAUUCUUUUUUAAACUUCGACCAAAGUUUUACGAGAACAAAUCCUUUUUUCAUCUGUCGGUUUAGCAAAGUAUGUGAACUGCUCACAAUUUUUACAUUUUAUUGGUUCAUAUGUCUUGUUGGUUUUGGUUGUGACUUCUCAUGCAAUUUUAGUUACAAAAGACACGUUUCAUUUGGCUUGUAUUGAAUGUUAGCGGAUCACUGUAAGAGUGUAAGUAGGUUCACGAAGGUGUUCCUUUUGUUGCUGAGAUCAUUUUGAGUAAAAUUGGAUCCCUGUGAAUUUUUUUGCUGGGAUUUUAUAUAGAUUUUCAGCUCUCAGUGAGUGAUGUUGCACCUGCUUAACCCUGGCAGUGAUUUGUAGUUCAAACAUACUAACCAAAUACAUUUAUGAGGUAGCUCGUGAAUUCACGUCCUCUAUAGUACAAUGGAUUGCCUUGCAAUGAUACAGAGUUUUUAGUUUUCUUCACCCAUUAUUUUUAGGUAACCCUUGUAUUAUCAUGAUUUAUCAAGAUUAGUGUAGUUUUUAGAACAUUCCAAAUUGGUGUUCGUCUUCCCUUAUCUUGAAGCAGUGGCUGAGGACAGUUGUGAAUUUCACUUGGUAUGAAGGGUCUGCUGCACAUACAUUGCUUUUUCAUGAGCCCUUCAAUGUUUUUCAUAUUUGUCCAUUGUCACUGCUUCCAGUUUGUCUCUGCCUUAAAGACAUAUCGCUCAAGUCCCCCAAGAAAACGUGUAUACAUGUGCCUUAGUUUUGUCCCAUGCAGAGUCAGCUGAUCUGCUUCAUCACAAAUGUUUUAUAUUUAAGGACAUGUAUAAGUACUUACUCUGUUAUUAUUGCCAUAAUAGCAAAAUGUGAAUGCUAAAUCUUGCUAACCUCUCUUUUUUAUAAUUAUUUUGUUCAGAAUACAUUGUAUUAAAUUUUUAGCUCAUUAUUAUGUUUGUAGGUAGAAAGAUGAGUUAUAUCAUGAAUAAUGAAAAUGAUACUCUGUCCUUUACUGUCAAUUGUAAAAUUUUCAUCGUUAAUUAUUAUGAUUUUAAAUAUUUUAGCCAUAUCCGGUUGUAGUCGAAUGUAUAUGAAGUAGUUGAUUGCAUAAGAUUUGAGUUUUUUUUAAGUGGUUCAAUAGAAGUAGCUGCUGAGUUGGUGGUAGUAUUUACCAUUUCACAAUUUUUACUUUUGUCAUAUAAAAGUUGCAGUGACUUGUAUUUUUGUCAUGCAGCUGUUUACUCACUUUGUUAUUCUGGAGCUAAUUGGCUUUAGAUCGAGAUGUUAUAUUUUGGAUUUUUUCAAAUUAUAUUUAAGUAACAUACCAGAAUAUAAUAUCUUGCAAGAAAUAUAAAUGUUUUAUUAUGUUGAGAACAUUAUACUUAAUGUUCAAGCUGUGUAAUGUUUGUGCAUGUGAUAGUGUGGGUGAUUUUUCAAAUACCUGGAAUCCAAGAUCUUUAUUUUCCAUGUUCAAUCAAGAUACCAAUACUGUACAGUAGUUCAAAUUCUGUUCCCUCUACUUGUAUGUAAUCAAUUCAUUACAUUGUUAUUGUUUAAAGCCAAGUCUGAAGUCACUGGGCCCUAUUCAUACCAUUACUUUAUGGUGCUACUAUUAAUUUUCCCUAAUAGACUGGGUAGUUGAGGAGGGCCAAGUGUCUGAGACAGCAGGUCAGGAAAGUUUAGUUGAUUAAUUUGUUUCAACUUUCUUUUACAAAUCCAUUUGUUUAUAGCUCCUGACCUCUUUGUACUGACUUGGGUGUCCAGGUGAGCAAAAUCACUAGUAGAUGAAUUGCCAGUGUGAGUGUUUGAUAGUGUUACAUGGGUUUAUUUUUAGUUUGGUCAAGACCCACCUAUAUCGGCAGGGGAGAUACCCAGGGUACGUAAUGUUCUCUUCUAACAGUUGAUAAAAUGAUAACUUUAAUUUCAUUGACAUUUCAUUAUUUUUAUACAAAACAGCAUGUUAUUUGAUUUUUUUUUUUAGAUUGAAUAUAUACUGUAUAUUGCAUUCAGCACAACUUUUUGCAAAAAUAAAUUAAUGAAUACAUCAAAUCAUUCAUUCUUUUUAAAGUACUGUAUAGACAUGGCUACAGUACCAGUCCAUUUUAUGUAACUAGUGCCAUUGGUGUCUGCAUGUUAUGUACAUCAGUUGCCAUCUUGAGUAUUCCAUGCAGGUAGUGAUAAUACCAUUGUUAAUAGUCCAAUGAAUAUAAGAAGCAUGUUCAGAGUAUUACAUGCAUCAACCUGUCACUUUCCUCUCACCCUUUCAUUAAGAGAUGCUAAAUUUAUAGGGAUGCAUUUUAUUGUACAUUUUGCAAUUAUAUCUUUUGUCAGAAUGGCUAAAUGCCUUUUAAAAAUGAUCUCAUUUGAUUCACUUGUAAUUACUCAAGCACAUUUAAAGUUGAUCUCUGGUGAGGGAAGUGAGAGGAAGUAACAGGUUGUGGUGAUACAAUGAACGUAGUCCAUUAUUAGUGUGUCUACUGUACAGUCUGCAGAAUUAUUAUAUUAGAAAAUAAAAAUAUCAAUGCAA